AUGAAAGAAACGAAAUCCAACAAGUCUGAAACCAAUGCUUCAUUCAACAACAACAACAACAAACACGCAACAAGUUCCGAAAAACACGAACAAGUAUUAGCUAUCACCAAAAUUCGUCCCCGAAGGAAAACAUUUGAAAAAGCCAAUAGCAUCCUUCAUUCUCAAAUGAAAAUUCCGAAAGCCUUUGCCAAGAAGAAGACUCUUUUGGAUCAAUCUGCUGAAAUGCCUACAUUCCGAUUAACGUCCGUUCCUCAUCAAUCUCUAAUGAAAAUUGGUAGGCUUUAUCAAGAAAGUGAUCCAGCGAGCAAGAUGUAUCCGAAAGGUUUUAAAGAUGCCUCUCAAAUACAAGCACCAAAACGAGGACGUGGUGUCAAAUCUAUUGAAGAAAUUGAGUUGGAACAAGGAGAUUCAGAUACAUCGUUUUAUACUUCCGAUGAAGAAGAAAGUCCAUCAGAGUCGGAAGAAGAACGAGCUUUGAAACCACUCCCAAAGAAAAGGGUUAAGCAAUGA